AUGAAAAUUCUUAGUAGUUUAUGUAGAAUCAUAAAGCAAUGGCCGAAGACAUUGAUUCGAUGGAAAACAACGAAAGACUACAAAAGUCCAGCCGCAGUUUUUGAUUGCGGACCAAAUUUAGAGGACCGAGCUUUGUGUGCGGUGGACCCUUGCGACGCUAGCAAAUGUUACGCGGAGCCUCGCGUUGUCAUCAUAGGCGCGGGCAUGGCCGGCCUGUCGGCUGCCGCGCGCCUCUCGCAGCGAGGCAUCAACAACAUCGUAGUACUAGAAGCGUAUGAAAGACCCGGAGGUCGGAUACAUUCCUGCUGGCUUGGAGAUAUUGUUGCAGAAUUAGGAUCUCAUUGGAAACCGGACAAUACUUACACUCAUCCCAUUUACACGAUGUCAGCCACAGAAGAUCCACCUCGCCCUGGUGUGCCUGGUGCUGAGCAUCCUCGUGGUCUCUUUAACAGGAUAGUAACCGGUAAAAUGCCGUUCCCUCCUACAAUAUCUGCAUAUCACAAAUUUCGUCAGAUUGAACAGGAAGCGGCGCAAAUAUACUGUCUCGGUGGUAAUAAACAGGCAGGAUCUUUAAUCAAUUUUAUGAGUCUGCGAAUUCAACAAGAACUGCACGAGUAUCCGGACGAUCAACAACAUGACGCAGCUAGAAUAAUGUUCGGGCUCUCGCACAUGCUCAGUGCGCGGUGUGGGGAUGACACGGCGAUGCUGUGCGCCGAUCAUAUCGGCUGCUUCAUGAACAUGCCCGGCGGCGAGGUACGAGUUCCUCUGGGACUGGUAGGCAUACUAGCUCCGUUACUACGUCAAAUACCAGAAGGAGCUAUCCGCUAUUGCAAGCCGGUUAACUGUAUUUAUUGGGGAACAUCACAAAAAGAAGGUUAUCGAGCUACAGUAUGCACUACUGAUGGUGAUGAAUUUCCUGCUGACUAUGUCAUCAUAACGGUGUCUCUCGGAGUGUUGUGCGCUAAUGCUGUGAAAUUGUUCUGCCCGGCACUUCCAGCAUCAAAAAUUGAUGCUAUGCGUUGUCUUGGAUUCGGAUAUUGCAAUAAAAUAUAUAUGGAAUACUGUCGGCCGUUUUGGUUUUGGCACAAAGGCAACUUGAAUUUCAAGUUCUCCUGCAAUGAACUUUGUGAUCGUUCUGAUUGGACACGGGGUCUAACUUCUAUAGAAGUGGUGCCAAAUAGUAAACAUUGUAUGUGCGCGUGGGUGGUCGGCCAAGAAGCGAUGCUCAUGGAAGGUUUAUGUGACAAAGACAUUGCCGAAGGUUUGACUGAAAUAUUGCGCGUAUCGACAGGGAACGACAGUAUACCAUAUCCGAUGACAAUUUUACGAUCACAUUGGACUUCUGAUCCAUUUUUCUGCGGGGCAUAUUCUUACGAUUACUACGGGUCAGACGGUCAAGCACAACGCUGCUUAGCAUGUCCGUUGCCGGGGCCUAGUGAGCCCAUACCUCCUAUAUUGUUGUUCGCUGGCGAGGCCACGGUGCCCGGUCAUUACGCCACGGUGUCGGGUGCUCGGCUUAGUGGCGUCAGAGAGGCUGAGCGAAUAGUGCAUUUAACGGUGCGAUACAAAGGUCCGCCUUUGCCCGCCGCUGCUGAAAAGAAAAAAGAAAAGAAAAAGAAAGUCCAAAAAGCUCAGUAAAAUUCAUUGCGAAAGUCACGCUUUACCUCGUUAUUAUGUGAAAUUUUCUAAGUCUAAUC